CCCAUUCAUCUUUUACUGUUCAUUGUAGUGUUAUUUUCAGUUUGUUUAUUUUGUCCACCCUCCAAGAUAAGACGUGCAAGAGACAUAAUUUCUGUAAUAUCCACUGCUGUAAAAACACUGAAGACUACUUGUUUGCCAAAACCGAAACAGACACCUAAAAAUGCGAAAGAAAAAAAAAAUCAUCCAGUUGAAUAGGAGACCUGCUCACCAUAGUGUUCCAGAUCAAGAUUUGCAGAUCUGGAUCUCAGCUAGCUAUGCAUUUCCUUGCUUUCACUGCUGUUUAGAAAUGGACUGAAAACCUUCUCAAGGAUUUUUUAUUCCAUGAAAGGAAACAUUCAGGGAAGAAAAAGAAAGACAGAGCUGUCUUGUUGCUGUUACACAGACUGUAACCAUGGACGUGCAUAAACAACUUGAGAACACCGAGAGGAACUGGAAUAAAGAGAAGAUGGAACUGCUGGAAAAAUUUGACAAUGAGAGGAAAGAAUGGGAAUGUCAAUGGAAAGUUAUGCAGAAGAAAAUUGAAGAGCUUUACCAGGAGGUAAAACUUAGAAGAGAGAACAAUAUGAAUGUCCACGACAAUAAGGCUAUUCAGAGCAAGAUGCUGCAGCUGUCCAUGCAUUCUCCUACUUCAGAAAAGAGUGACACAAUGGAACUGAACUAUCAACACAAUGUGGUAAAUGAUGGGAUGGAAAGAGGGAGUUUGCUGAGUAAAAGAGGACCUGAAUGCAAAGAAAUCAGAGCCAAGAGAAAAAACGAUACCCUGUUAAUGAACAGUCUGGCCUUUGAGAACCAUGAGGAACUUGAAGACAGCCUCAGCAUCAAAAAUUCCAAGAAAAAUGCCAAGAGCUAUAUUGGUGAUCUCAAUGUGGCUCUUAAAGAACUUGCCAGAGUUAGUGAAGAAUUAUGCAGCUAUCAAGAGGAAAUUCGGAAGAAGUCUAACCACAGAAGAAUGAAAUCAGUUCCUUUCCUGGGGGAGUUUGAAGAAACCCAAAACACGGUUAUUCUGCCUGAGAUGAACCAUCUGUCCAACAAUGAAUCACAGUCUUCAGUUGCAUUUGUAACAGAGGAGCAUAAUAAUAGGAAGAAUCUGAUGAGCUCCACCAAGGUUUCGAAGGAUAUGUCUUACAGUAGUCUUACUGGCAACAGAGGAGAGGUUUUCAGACCUUGGCAACAGAAAGAAGCUCCACCAGUUCCUCCACGAAGCACUUCUCGACACUUAACAAACUCACUUUCUACAGUUGUACAGCUUUCUGAAGCACCAAUGAGAGAUCCAGGCAUCAAAAGCAAUUGCAAGGUUCAGGACAGUAGGAGUGGAAGGAAAUUGACAAAUCCUUCAUCUAUCAAACAAAAUGAAACUGCAAUGGCCUAUGCAAAUGAGGAGCAGGCUGGGAAAGGUCCUGUGGUGGUAACUGCUGCAAUACCUGUAACCAAAAAUGAGUGCAUUGUGCCAAGUUUCUGCCACAAUACAUGGGCAUACGAUGUUGGUAAAGACAGUAAAAGUGAGCCUUCCCCACUGUCAGCCCAGAAGAGUUGUUCAGAUGGAAAUAUGGCUCAUAGUAACAGAAUGCACCAGAAACAAAAUUCCAAGUCUCAUUGCAGUCCUUAUUACAGCAACGACUUUUAUGCCCCUGCUGCGCUGCACAACGGUCUUUUGGGAGACUCCAGUUGUACUUUGGGAAAGACUCAGAGAAAUGAAACUUUAGCAGCAAAGAUUGAUGAGUUUAACCGGACUGUGUUUCACACAGAUAAACGUAACAAUACUUUACAAGAAAACCAGGUGAUUCGGACAGCAUUAGAUCACAAACCCUGCAGCCCACAGAGUGACUCUGCUAUUAGCAGGACAGAAGCGGUACAUACAUCUUGUGUUUCAAAUCCCAAAUUCUCUGCAGCAAAAGAACAAGAAACUAGCAACCCCAGCAAAGCUGUCAGAACAGUAGGACAACAAAAGCAAAUAAAUGAACCUUCAAAUGCUAGUGGUUACAGGCACAUGCUUCAUGAGCAUGACUGGAGACCGAGUAAUUUAUCCGGUCGCCCGCGUUCAGCUGACUCAAGAUCAAACUAUGGUGUUGUUGAAAAGCUUUUGAAAAACUAUGAAAAAUCUGCAGUGAUUUCUCCAUGUAAUGCAAAAUACUGCAAAGAUAAGUGGGCAUGGCCAAACUCUGAAUCCACUGAUGGAGGUUGUGAGACACUGAAUCAGUGUUUAGAAAUGCUUCCAAGUGAGCAAGGAAAACAGGAAUUUCUGAGGAAUUCAGCCAGGCAUACUGGGCAGCAACUGAAGCAAGGAAAGGAGAGACAGAAGUUACCAGAGAUAUCUGUGCCAGCUAAAUGUUCAAAUGGGAAAGGUUUCUCACGGCCAGCCCGACCAGCAAAUAGACGUCUACCUUCCAGAUGGGCAUCCAGAUCACCAUCAGCACCUCCAGCUGUGAGAAGGACAGCGUACAACUGGUCUGUCUCCUUUCGGUCGGAGACCUCAGUAGUUUGAACCCAGAAAUGGGUUGGAUGGUGUUGUGAAAGCUCUGCACCUCAUUAUAACUGUGUUCGGUAUGUGUUGUAGCAACCAGAUCUACACUGUCCUAUCUUGUUCAAGAAUGACUCCAUCACAUGCUGGACAAAAUGUUUUGAAUCUUAGGUCAUCAUCAUGGUCUUCAGUGUUUUUAUUGAGAGGAAACAAUGAUACCCCCGAUUUCUCCUGUUUUGUUUUUUUUUGUUGUUGUUUUGUUUUGAAUACUAGCUCACAGAGAAUUUAUUUUGAGUGGCAUCUUUCUUAAUUCGCCAAUCAAUUUUGAGUUGAAACAAUGUAUAGUGCUGUAUAUUCUGACUUUUCUGCAAACAGCAGAACAUAAAGCUGUAUGCAUGAUCAUGUGUUUGUAAGUGCAUGUGUUGGACUAAGAAGUAUACAGGUCUGUACUUAGAAGAGACAAACUGUGCUAGUGUUGCCAUUGAAAUUACAACCUAUAUGCCAACAUAUAUAUAUAUACUUUGUGUUUAUUAUAAAAGUUUGAAAUAUACAGUCCUGAUGACAUUUAUAUUUUGUAUAUCUUUUACAUAGGUUCACAGGUGUAGUAUUUAAUGUACAAAAACUAAAUAUGCAUUUUUGUGACUCUAAUUGCAGCGAUAAUGCCUUGCACAAUAUGUAUCUGAAGCAGACUAGCUCGACUGAUUUAUCAGUCAUGCUUCAUGGCAUCCUUGUUCAGUUUCCUAACCCUUAUAGUACGAGGUCAAAAUACCCAAACAUAUUUUUUCUGAAUUAAAAUAUUAUAUGAUUUGUAAUACACAGCCUUUUUCAACACCAGAGACAUUCCUGAAAUGUUCUGAUCUCUUUAAAAUGUUUAAGCGUGCCAUUAUAUAUAUAGCAUAUUGUAAACAGUUCAGCAGUUCCAACUAGUGUAACAUACAGUUUAUGAAGGGAAGAAAAGGGUUGUAUGUGCUCAAUUCUGCAAAACUUAUUUUUUCUUCUAGCAUUAUACUUUGAGGUUUGGCAAAGUCAGAAAAAAAUGGACUUGUUUACUUUUCACUCAAGGCAGGAGAACAAGGACUGUUGUUCCCAGUGCUGCAGACACACUCCUUUUUUAUUCUCCUCCUAGACUGGAGUGCCUGAGCCGCUUGCUAGCAGCAUGCUGCUCCCUAACUGACUUCUGACAGUCAGUAAUGAAGUUUACUUGCAUUCUAGCAACAUCCACAUCUAGUAUGGAAGUACUGCAUCGAGAUCUCAUCACAGUAGUGACAGAAAUUCUCAACAAAUGGCAUCGGAAGUGUUAUUGCCUUCACUUGAGUCAGUAUUAUGGGCCAUCACAAUGAUGCGUACAGAGCUUGGCUUUUUCUUUCCCACAGUGUGAAAGAAGUGCAGAUGCUGCCCAGACUCUUGCUGAAAAGAUGGUGUCCAUCCUGGAAUUUUUUGCACCCUUUUCUAGGUUGUUGCUGAAUGCACAGGGUAGUGACGAUGAUAAAUGGUACCUCUAAACAGCAUGUCUAGGUGAAAAGGAGUAAAGAGGCCCUUCUUCAACAUCAGCUUAAUCUUGUCCUGCAAAUUUCCCUCUUCUUCUGGAGAAAUAUAGUGUGUUCAAAGGAGUUUCAAAAAUCAUCCCAAGCUCCAUUAAUAUGUGCGUCCUCAUAUGUGAAUGUAAAAAGGAUUUCAGAGAGAGCGUAGGCUUUUGUCCUAGUGAAUUGUAUGUUUGGCAAUAUAUGGAAAAUUAGCUGUGCUUAAUCUGAUAGUGAUAUGUUGUCUAAUCCCAGUCAUGCUGAGAUCCCUCACCUUUUUUCUUCUUUUUAGGGCCUUAUUCUUCUUUUCUGUAUGCAACUGCCUUUUUGCAGAGUAAAAAGCAGACAGCUAUGUGUUCUGAACAAUGUACCCUCUAUUGUAGGAUCAAUAACUUUUCAGGCAUGCCAGAGUUGGAUUGAGUAGGCGUUAGAGCCAUAAAUCCAAAAUUGCAUGCAGAAUCAUGGCUGCCUACAUGGCAAAAACAUGCUCAGACUAAUUUGGCUCAUCUAAACUUUCUGGCACUUUAUGUGUGAGUAUAUAUAUGAAGGCUUCAAGCAGAUCAACAAUAAACCAAAAACAGCUCAGAUUUUAUUGCAAGGUUAUUACUAGAAAAGACAGAAGGACAGAAGACCUUGAAGAAAAUUCAUACAUUUUGGACAGAGAUAAAAAUCUGUGUUUGAAUGAAAAAUGAAGAGUAAUAUAAUUUUUUCUCUUUGCCCUAAUUUAGAAAUUGCACUCUGUUGAAGUCCUUAGAAUGAGAAAGAUUAAGAUGACUUACAGUGAAUUUGGAACAUUAAGAUUCUCGUAACUAUGAAAACUAGCAUGCCAAAAUACCUUGCAAAUUGACCUUUUAAAUGCCGAAGUAGUCAGGAGACUUUAAAUGUCUGCAGCUGAGGAAAGGGUAAUAUGAGAGAAUGGUAAAAUUAUGGUUCUUUAUUUCAGUCACAAUCAAAACUCUCAAUUACCUUCAUGGUAAAGUUAUGCAACUUUAUUCUGAAAAAUGGGUGGUGCACUUUUCUUUUGAGAACAAAAUACUGCAGAACCAUUUUCAUCAGUCAGUCAAUGGAUGUGUUUCUUUUGCGUACUUAACGUUCUUUGAUCACUUUUGACAUAGUCACGUUUUUGAAUAACAGAGAAAGGAUCAAAUAUCUACAACAUUCCCUUAUGUAUGUAAAUUUAAUGAACAGAAGAUUUUUGAAAUAAACUAAUAGGUCAAGGACAA